AUGAACGCUCAAGUGGAUAGACCGACUCACCUUGCAGGAAGCCUGAAGAAGCCGGCUUGCUUCAAAAUUCAAGCCCGAUUCAACAACUCGAAUCCCAACCAGCAAUCAGCAGAUGAGCAGCUUCGUCACUCGCUUGACUCGAUCAUCAUACUCUACAACGACCAAUUGCUUGUCCAAUACGGCGCCGCCUCUUCAUCAUCAUCUGCCUCGACUGAGACGAAGAAGCCAAGUACAUCAGCUGCUGCUGCUGCUGAUCCGAAGAAGAACUUUGCCGAACGAAGGAUGACUGAAGGGGAGACGCAGGAAGAGACCGUCAGAAUAGACCCCGCUCAGGCCGGCUUCGAUAGAUGGCUCGACCCCGAUCAUUAUUACAUCGCCCAUCCCACCCUCGCCCUCAAUACCGUCGGCCUACCUCAACUCAUCAGAGCCAUCCGGGAAGCUCUCCAUGCCGUUCAUCCCAUCAACACAAUCCCAAACACGCCCCGUGGGCCUUCAAGAGACGCACCUUCUAGAACUCACUCUUCCCGGAACCCGUCCCUCAAAACAACUGAUGAACCCUCAGUCUCAACCCGGCUCCUCGCUCGGAACCCAACCAACCAUCAACAUGCCGGAUUGGUCUAA